CCGGGGGGGAGGAAGCCUGGUCCCAGGCGGGGCUUCCAGGCGGCCACGGCCAUUGUGUUUGGAAAGGCUCCGAGCCCGGACGGCGGUCACAGGGCUGGCGCGCUGCCUUCUGCGCUCCGGCCGCGGCGACCCGGAGCCGAGGGGCUCUCCGGCAGCCGACGGCCCCCGAGUCGAGGCCCCGCGGGGAGCUCCCGCCCCUCGCCGGCGCCGCGAGUGCCCCGGGCCGGUACCGGCGGGCAGGAGGCGGGCGCUCGGGGCGCGGCCGGGCUCCCGGGGGCCGCGCGGGGCCGGGCCGGGCCGGCAUGGCGGGGCGGCGGGCCGGGGCCGGGGCGCUGCUGGCGCUGCGGGCGCUGCUGGCUCUCCGGGCGCUCCCGGCCGCCGCGCACCCGCAGUGCCUGGACUUCAGGCCGCCCUUCCGGCCGCCGCAGCCGCUGCGCUUCUGCGCGCAGUACUCGGCCUUCGGCUGCUGCGCGCCCGAGCACGACGCGGCCCUGGCCCGGCGCUUCGGGGCCCUGGCGGCCCGCGUGGACGCCGCCUUGUGGGCCGCGUGCGCCGGCUACGCGCUCGACCUGCUGUGCCAGGAAUGCUCGCCCUACGCGGCUCACCUGUACGACGCCGAGGACCCGUCCACGCCGCUGCGGACGCUGCCGGGGCUCUGCCAGGACUACUGCCAGGACAUGUGGCACACCUGCCGGGGCCUCUUCCGCCACCUGUCGCCUGACCGCGAGCUCUGGGCGCUGGAGGGCAACCAGGCCAAGUUCUGCCGCUACCUGUCCCUGGACGACGUGGACUACUGCUUCCCGCGCCUGCUGGUCAACCAGAACCUCAACUCCAACCUGGGCCGCGUGGUGGCCGACGCCCGGGGCUGCCUGCAGCUCUGCCUGGAGGAGGUGGCCAACGGGCUGCGCAACCCCGUGGCCAUGGUGCACGCGGGGGACGGCAGCCACCGCUUCUUCGUGGCCGAGCAGGUGGGGCUGGUGUGGGCCUACCUGCCGGACGGUGCGCGCCUCGAGAAGCCCUUCCUGAACGUUAGCCGGGCGGUGCUCACCUCGCCCUGGGAGGGGGACGAGCGGGGCUUCCUGGGCCUCGCCUUCCACCCCCGCUUCCGGCUCACGGGCAAGCUCUACGUCUACUACUCGGUGGGCGUGGACUUCCGCGAAUGGAUCCGCAUCAGCGAGUUCCGGAUCUCCGAAGACGACGAGAACGCCGUGGACCACAGCUCCGAGAGGAUAAUCCUGGAGAUUGAGGAACCAGCCUCGAACCACAACGGAGGCCAGCUGCUCUUCGGGGACGAUGGGUACCUCUACAUCUUCACCGGAGAUGGCGGGAUGGCCGGCGACCCCUUUGGGAAGUUCGGAAAUGCCCAAAACAAGUCGGCGCUGCUGGGCAAGGUGCUGCGCAUCGACGUGGACCGCAACGAGCGCGGCCCGCUCUACCGCAUCCCGCCCGACAACCCGUUCGUGGGCGAUCCCGCCGCGCGGCCCGAGGUCUACGCCCUGGGCGUGCGCAACAUGUGGCGCUGCUCCUUCGACCGCGGCGACCCGGCGUCGGGCGCGGGCCGCGGGCGCCUCUUCUGCGGCGACGUGGGCCAGAACAAGUUCGAGGAGGUGGACCUGGUGGAGCGCGGCCGCAACUACGGCUGGCGCGCGCGCGAGGGCUUCGAGUGCUACGACCGCAAGCUGUGCGCCAACGCCUCGCUCGACGACGUGCUGCCCAUCUUCGCCUACCCGCACAAGCUGGGCAAGUCCGUCACGGGGGGCUACGUGUACCGCGGCUGCGAGUACCCCAACCUGAACGGCCUCUACAUUUUUGGUGAUUUCAUGAGCGGACGUCUGAUGUCCCUGCGAGAGAAUGAGGGGACGGGCCAGUGGCAGUACAGUGAGAUCUGCAUGGGUCGUGGCCAGACCUGCGCCUUCCCUGGCCUCAUCAACAACUACUACCCACACAUCAUCUCCUUCGCCGAGGACGAGGCCGGGGAGCUGUACUUCAUGUCAACCGGCGUGCCCAGUGCCACAGCCGCCCGGGGGGUCAUCUACAAAGUCAUCGACCCCUCCAGGCGGGCACCACCUGGCAAGUGCCAGAUCCAACCUGCCCAGGUGAAAGUGAGGAGCCGCCUCAUCCCCUUUGUGCCCAAGGAGAAGUUCAUCUGGACCACGGAGAGCACCCCGCGCCCCACGUUGCGCCCCACGGCACACACGCCCACCAAGGCACCGCGCCGCAGCCGCCCUACGGCUGCCCCGCCCGCCCCCACCCCGCGGCCGGCCAGGCCCACUCGGCGUCCAGGGGGCCGGAGGGGCGGUGGGCGGCGGCGGGGGCGGCCGAGCACGGCGGUCCCGGAGCCCUCGAAUGGCGCGGUGCGCCUGGUGCGGCCUGCAGGCCUGGGCCCUGGGCGCGGGCGCGUGGAGGUGUUCGUGGGCGGCCGCUGGGGGACAGUGUGUGACGACGCGUGGGACGCCAAGGCGGCCGCUGUGGUGUGUCGCCAGCUGGGCUUUGCGCACGCCGUGCGCGCCGCCAAGCGCGCAGAGUUCGGCGAGGGCCGCGCCCUGCCCAUCUUGCUGGAUGACGUGCGCUGCACGGGCAGUGAGCGCAACCUGCUGGAGUGCGCGCACGCCGGCGUGGGCACACACAACUGCGAUCACCAGGAGGACGCGGGCGUCGAGUGCAGCCGCCAGGACCCCGACCUGUAGGCCCGCCUCCGCCGCCCCCCAGCGCGCGUGUGUGCAGUGAAUGCUCACGAGCCUGGGGUCAGGGCGGCUGUGGCUGAGGAGGUGGCCAUCUGUGAUGCUGUCUAGGGACCCGCGUGAGGUGUGUGCGGUGCGCGUGUGUCCUCCGUGUGUCCCUGCCCCCAGGCGUCCUCCUGCGGUCGUGACGCUGGGCGUGUGCUGUGGUGCGCGUGGCCUGUGAAAGUGGUGCGUGGGUGAGAAGGGCUCUUUUUUUACUUGCAAGUGUUGCAAACAGCGGCAGCAGCGCAAUCUGGCCGUGGCACCCCGAGGAUAAAGGACGGCCACCCUCUGAGGGCAGAAAUGGCUCAUGGCUGCCUUAAUACAGGCGACAGGCCCAGGGAGGGGACCAACCUGCUCAGCCCCAGGCUGGAGUGGGAGGUGCCAGACCGGCUGGGAGGGGCGUGGCCUGGGGAUCAGGGUCCAGAGGCGCGAGAGCAGGGAGGCAUCCCAGAGCCUGACACGCCCUGGGGGGUCCCUACAUGGCCGCCCAGGAGGAAGGCAGCCCCUAUGCAGGAGAAGCCUCCUGCUGACGUCCGACCCCGUCCUGGUCCCCAGCCCAUGUGGGUGCCCCGGGGAGGGUGCUGAGCCUCCCAGCUCCAAGGCCUGACUCCUGCUGGCGGGCAGAAGCCACUGGACCUCUAGUGAGCGGCUGGGCUGAGACCUCCAGGACCGCACCUGUCACCUCCACCCCCACCCCGGCUCUGUGAGAUCCCAGGGGACCCUCAUUGCUCCGGCCCCACCUCAGGGCUGACCAGGCUUCAGGGCAGAGACUUUGCCGACAACAUGUCUGUUCACCACCCCCA